AUGUAUUUCGCUUAUGGGGAUUGGGAAACACCGGUUAAUUAUCCUGUUACAAAUAGUUCAUUAGUCUCAGCAUUUUCAUAUCUCAGUGAUGUGCAAACGAUGAUCAUUCUCUCGAAAGUUCUCAACAAUGAGACAAAUGUUGCUAAGUACAGUAAACUGUAUGACCAGUUGGCAACAGAAUUCCAUGCGACGUUUUACAAUCCACUAGUCAAUGGAUAUGCAGCAGGAUAUCAAACGGCAAAUGCGCUAGCAUUGAAACUGCCUGACGUUGUACCUUCAAAUCUUCGUACGUCGGUCAUCAAAGCACUCACAGAUAACAUUGUUGCUAAUGACAACCAUCUGACAACUGGUAGCGUCGGUACGGCCGCAUUAUUUCCUGUUUUGUCCGACGCCGGUUAUCAUGAUUUGGCAAUGACAGUAGCGACUCAGACAACUUAUCCAUCAUUCGGUUUCAUGUUCAAUAAUGGCGUACAGAAUGCCACGACAAACUGGGAGACAUUUCACGCUUUAUUAAAAGGCGUUGGUGGUACGGACAGUCUCAAUCGUCACAUGUUUGAUAGUAUCGGUGCCUGGUUCUAUCGAUACUUAGCCGGAGUGCAACUAAAUGGCUUUGCGGAAGACAUUGCUGUUCGUCCGCGACUUACCGUGCUCUUGAGAAAUAUGGAAGCGGAAGUGCACACAAUCAACGGACCGAUUCUUGUGGCAUGGCAACGACACACUGAUGACAAGGCAGUUACCUACGACGUGACCAUACCGAACUCACUUCACUCCAUUAUUACAUUCGAGCCUGUACAACCAACGGCUCGCUGCAUGUCGAUUGUAGAAAGCGGCGUGCUAAUCUGGUAUUAA